AUGGACAUAUCUGACCAAGAGGCAAACUGUUCAUGUGCGGCCUUAGAGGAUAAGAAAGAAGUUAUUAAAGUCAGAGUUAUUGGACAAGGUAAAAGUGAGAUACACUUCAAAGUGAAAAUGACAACACAGCUCAAAAAACUCAAAGAAUCAUAUAGUCAAAGACAGGGUAUCUCAGUGAAUUUACUGAAGUUUCUCUUUGAAGGCCAGAGGAUUGCUGAUAACCACACUCCAGGAGAACUGGGGAUGGAGGAGGAAGACGUGAUUGAAGUUUAUCAGGAACAAACUGGGGGUGGGCUGCAUCAUUCAACAGUUUAG